GUUUAUGAACUUGUUACAGAAGCAGAAAUACGUGAAGCUCAGAAUUCUUUAGCAGUUCAACUUGAGCCACGGGUCAAGAGCCUCUUAUCAAAAGCUGAAGAUAUGUUAAAAGAAUUAGAAAAACGCGAGAAUAUGCUCCAGGAGGAGGCAGACCAGCGUGAACAUGAAUUGGAUGCGGAAUUAAAAAAGGCACAGUUAGAUUCUUUGCAAUAUUCGACUAGAAAAAAUGGGCAUGCAAAAUCUCCUACAAUUUCUAUGAGGCAAUCGGGACAGACGCUUGUGGCUCAGUUAGAAGAAGAAUAUAAUCAGAAGGAAACGGAGCUUCAACUUCAAAAGCAAAGGGUUGCAACUGAAAAAAGACCAUCCGCAAUUAAGGCGCCAAAAAAAAAAUCCACGAGAAAAAAGUCUUUAAGUUUCAAUGCUCUGGCGGCAGUAGAGGAACAAAUUAGGGAUAUAGACAUCCUGAUUGGGGAAAAACGCGAAAUUUUGGAUGAGCAACAAAGUUUAUCAUUAGAAGUUUUGCAGGCUGCAGAAACACCGCUGGAUGAGG